GACUGCUAAAGUGAUGCACGGACAGUUCCCAAGGCAGAUGAUGGGUAUAGCGGACCCGUUAACCUCUUGGAACUGGCUCACUCAACAAGACUUGAAGAAGGAGACAGAAGGAUUGUUGAUAGCAGCCCAAGACCAAGCACUUAGGACGAAUUAUGUGAAGCACAGGAUUGACAAAACACCUGGCUCUUCUCCCCUCUGCAGACUCUGCAGAAAUCAUUACGAGACAAUAGACCACAUACUGAGUGGGUGCCCAAAACUUUCACAGACAGAAUAUAAGUGUCGGCAUGACAAAGUAGCUGCCGCAUUGCACUGGAGUCUGUGCAAGGAAUACGGCUUCCCACGCAGUAAAAGGUGGUACGAACACCGGGCAGAGAAGGUGCUGGAGAACGAAAAAGUCAAGAUAUUGUGGGACUUCCAUGUCCAGUCGGACCACGUUAUCGAACACUGCAGACCGGAUCUCCUCCUGGUAGACAAGGUAACCAACGCAGCAACCAUCAUUGACGUUGCAGUCCCAGGAGAUACCCGGAUCCUGGAUAGAGAACAAGAAAAGAUACUGAAAUAUCAAGACCUAAAAAGAGAAAUUAAGAAGAACUGGAAUUUACGAAAGGUCACAAUCGUCCCUGUGGUGAUAGGCGCAUUAGGAACUAUCACCAUUAACUUUCGUAAACACCUCGACGCAGUCCACUGCAAUCUGAGCAUCUCUAAUCUCCAGAAGACAGCUCUGCUUGGAUCAGCCAGAAUUCUCAGGAUGGUCUUAGACAUAUGA